UUCACUGUCUGCUCUUUCCCCUCUGUCCCGCACUUCCACACGCCGCUUCCUCUCUCUCCCUCUCUCUCUCUCUCUCUCUCUCUCUCUCUCGCGGUCCGGCCUUCUUUUCCUCCCGGCGACGACAGAGCGAGUGGCGCCGCGCCGCCCUUGGCCAGUUCUUCGUUGGGCGCUUCGCCGGCGACGAGCAGCCGACAGGGGCUCCGCCCCUAGGCUCAGGCAUGAGAGUGCGCAUCUAGAAUAAUGUCUGUGCUUACCUGCGUGAUUGAAAGCAUGGGCUCAUCCUGUAGCAGACCUCAUUCCUUAAACGAGGCUGAAGCUACUGAAAAUGCAAAGUCUGCUGACAUCGACCGGCGGAUUUUGCAAGAGACAAAGGCAGAGCAACACAUCCACAAGCUCUUACUUCUUGGUGCUGGAGAAUCGGGAAAGUCUACAAUAUUUAAACAGAUAAAGCUCCUUUUCCAAACUGGUUUCGAUGAGACAGAACUUAGGAGCUAUACUUCAGUCAUCCACGCAAAUGUGUAUCAGACAAUUAAAAUUCUAUAUGACGGAGCUAAAGAGCUAGCCCAAGUGGAACCAGAUUCCUCAAAAUAUCUUCUAUCCCCAGAUAAUCAGGAGAUUGGAGAGAAACUAUCAGAAAUUGGUGCAAGACUGGAUUACCCAUUGCUGAACAAAGAACUUGUCCAGGAUGUAAGAAAACUAUGGCAAGAUCCAGCCAUUCAGGAAACUUAUUCACGUGGAAGUAUUCUGCAAGUCCCUGACUGUGCACAGUACUUCAUGAACAAUUUGGAUCGAUUAGCUGAAGUAGAUUAUUUACCAACAAAGGAGGAUGUGCUUCAUGCAAGAGUACGGACAAAUGGUGUGGUAGAAAUUCAGUUUAGCCCUCUAGGAGAGAGCAAAAGAGGUGGAGAGGUCUAUAGGUUAUACGAUGUUGGCGGCCAAAGAAAUGAGAGAAGGAAGUGGAUUCAUCUUUUUGAAGGUGUUAAUGCUGUAAUCUUUUGUGCUGCCAUUAGUGAGUAUGAUCAGGUGUUAUUUGAGGAUGAGACUAAGAACAGAAUGAUGGAGACCAAAGAACUCUUUGACUGGGUCCUAAAGCAAAGAUGUUUCGAGAAAACCUCAUUCAUGUUGUUUCUCAACAAAUUCGACAUAUUUGAGAGGAAAAUACAAAAGGUUCCUUUGAGUGUGUGCGAGUGGUUUAAAGACUACCAGCCUACUGCGCCUGGCAAACAGGAGGUUGAACAUGCCUACGAGUUUGUGAAAAAGAAGUUUGAGGAGCUCUACUUCCAGAGCAGCAAGCCAGAUCGUGUAGACCGAGUUUUCAAGAUUUACAGAACAACUGCCCUGGAUCAGAAACUUGUAAAGAAGACAUUUAAGUUGAUUGACGAGAGCAUGAGGCUCCAGAGAAGGAACUUGAUCGAGUCUGUGUUGUUGUAAGUCACAAGAAAAGUAAUUAGGAUGGUGAGAGGAACAGGUGGUUUACGGUCUCACAGCUGUCUUUGUCUUUUUCUUUUUGUAUGGGGAACAUUCAUUGAUCUUUUUGUUCUUCCACAAGCCAGUAAAGAUAUCUGUUGUGCACUG